AUGAAGUUCAUCACCUUGAGCUCGGCGCUCCUCGCGCUGAGCGAGACGGCAGCAGCCCGCCUGAGCCUCCGGAGCAACACCACGACUACCCGCAACACAACCUACGACUACAUCGUCGCAGGCGGUGGCACCGCUGGUAUCGUGGCCGCCGAGCGCCUCGCCAACUCGGGUCGCAGCGUGCUUCUCAUCGAGCGCGGUGGUACCUCCUUCUACAUGACCGGCAACAACAAGACCAUGCCGUGGAACAACACCGUCACCAUGUACGAUGUUCCCGGUAUGGCCGACUUCACCGGUGCCUCUCCGGAUCUGCAGUACUGCAGAGAUCUCGCCAUUGCCGCGGGAUGUCUGCUCGGUGGCUCCACCAUGCUCAACGCGCUCAUGUACAUCAAGCCUCGCUCGGCUGACUUCGCGACUUGGCCCGAGGAGUGGCACUGGGAGAACGGUGUUUCGGAGGCUGCGGAGGAGUUCUACAAGCGUCUUCCCGGAUCUAUCCUGGCGUCCGAGGAUGGCAAGCGCUACGACGACGGCGCCUUUGAGGUGAUGUCCAAGUUCUUGGAUGCUCACGGCUGGAGCGAGCAAGAUGCUCUGAACGACCCUGAGUCCAAGGAGCUCAUGUACUCGCACCCUGCGUGGUCGAUCGCUCACGGUUUGCGCGACAGCCCCGUCCGCGCGAUCCUCCCCGACGCCGAAGCCCUCCCCAACUUCACCCUAGAACUCCACUCCAUGGUCCUCCGCGCCAUCCGCGACGGCAGUCUCAUCACCGGUGUCGAGGUCGAGCACGACGGUGGAGCCCGCGAGAUCAUUAAGCUCAGCAAGGGUGGAUCUCUCGUCCUCGCCGCCGGCUCCCACUCCACCCCUCGUGUCCUCUUCAACUCCGGCAUCGGUCCCGCCAAACAGAUCGAAAUCGUCGCCUCCGGUACCACCAACAUCCAGCUGCCGCCCAAGGAGCAGUGGAUCGACCUCCCCGUCGGCGAGAACCUCAAGGACCACGGCAUUGCAACCGUCACCUUCACCACCAAGGAGGAGCUCAUUGCGCUUCCCAAGACUGCUUGGACUGACCCUGACCAGGAGACUGUUGACCUCUUUGCUCAAGGCAGUGGUCUCAUGGCCCAAGCCGGUCAGCGUCUUAACUUCUGGACCAGCGUCAACACUACCGAUGGCGCUACCCGUCACGUUCAGGGCACUGUCCGUGCUGAUAGCAACAACACAAUUGGUGUCAAGGUCUACCUGACCCACGGCACCACUUCCACCGGUACUGUCGAGAUCACUCCCAGCGGCGCGACGAACAUGACCAAGAACCCCCUCAUGCACACCGAGGGCGACAAGGAGGCUCUUACUACCUUUGUCGACCAGCUGCUCCAGUGGGCUCGCGAACCCAACAGCAUCCUCACCAUGGGCACUGCCAACGAUGGCAAGAGCGUUGUCGACCCUGACACCAAGGUCUGGGGCACGGACAACCUCUUUGUUGUGGACGCUAGCAUGCACCCCGAGGUCCCUACUGGUAACACACAGGCCCCCAUCAUGGUGGCCGCUGCUUAUGCUGCCAAGAGAAUCUUGGAUCUCGGCCUCGGACUCGGCUGCUAG